AUGCCCACAGCUGGGUACUGGCUCGUCCUCACCCUGGCGUGCGCGCUCCCCGCCGCCGUCGUCGCCCACCUCGACGCCGCCCCCACCUCGUUCCUCCGCGAGCCAGGCCGCUGCGCCAUGCGCGACUCGUGCGGCCGCAAAUCGGCAUUCGGGUCCGACAUCCCCUGCCCGGACAACGGCCUCGCCCAACCACACGACGAGGACCUCGUCUUCAAGGCCACCCUUGCCGGCGUCUGCGGCGACGACUUCUCGACGACCACCUGCUGCACCCUCGGCCAGCUCGACCUCCUCCAGGCGAGCCUCGCCCAAGCAGAGCCCCUCCUGGCGUCGUGCCCGGCGUGCCGCAACAACUUCCGCCAGUUCUAUUGCCACUUUACCUGCUCGCCCGACCAGUCGCUCUUUGUCGCCGUCACGGCGACCCAGACCUUGUCGGGCAAGGCCGGCAAGCCCGUCGAGGCCGUCAAGAGCGUCGACUUUGCCGUCUCGACCGAGUUCGGCACCGGCUUCUUCGACAGCUGCAAGGGCGUCAAGUUUGGCGCCACCAACGGCUACGCCAUGGACCUCAUCGGCGGCGGCGCGACCGACUACCUGUCGUUCUUGCGCUACAUGGGCCAGGAGCGCGCGCUCGGCUCGCCCUUCCAGAUCGACUUUCCCUCCCCCUCUUCCCUCCUCAUCCUCUCCUCUCUCCCCGCCGCCGCGACACCCCUCAACAUCCCCUCCAUCUCGUGCGCCUCGUCCGACCCAGCCGAGCGCUGCGCCUGCCCCGACUGCCCGGCCGUCUGCGCCGCCCUCCCGCCUGUGCGCUCGCCCGCCGAGCGCCGCGCCCACCGCUGCCGCGUCGGCCGCAUGGACUGCUUCCCGUUUGCGCUCUGCGUCGCGUACGCCGCCGCACUCGUCGCGGCCGUCGCGGCGUCGCUCUACCACUCGACGGCGUCGUCUGGCGCAGGCGCAGGCGGCGGCGCGUCGCUGUCGCUCCUCGACUCGGACCCGCUCCGCGCCCCGCCGACGACGAGCCAGCCGCGGUACUACGCCCUCAACACGGCCCUCACGCGCGCCUUCUACCGCCUCGGCCUGUCGUGCGCGCGCCGCCCCGCGCUCACGCUCGCCGCCGGGCUCGCCGCGUGCGCCGUCGCGCACCUCGGCUGGGGCCGGUUCGCGAUCGAGCGCGACCCGGUCAAGCUGUGGGUCCCGCAGGGGAGCGCCGUCGCGAGGGAGAAGGCGCGGUUCGACGAGGCGUUCGGCCCGUUCUACCGCACCGAGCAGGUCUUCCUCUCGGCGCUGCCAGGCGGGCCGCCGCGCGAGGUCGACGGCGACGGCGCCGAGGACGAGGACGAGGGCAGCGAGCGGUCGCAGAGCGCGUGGACGCCGAGCGACGAGCCCGUCCUGAGCUGGGAGACGCUCGAGUGGCUCGUCGAGGUCGAGGACGAGGUCCGGGCGCUGCGCUCGCCCGACGACGAGGGCGGCGUCUCGCUCGCCGACGUGUGCUUCGCGCCUACCGUCGACGAGUGCGUCGUCCAGUCGCCGCUUGGGUACCUGUCCAACUCGCUCGACGGCCUCGGGCCCUUGACGUGGGCCGCCGUCCUCGACGACUGCGCCGCGAGCCCAGCCUCGUGCCUCCCUCCCUUCGGCCAGCCCCUCAACCCGAAACUCGUCCUCUCGGUCGCCCCCUCUCGCGCGCCGCACGACGCCCGCGCCGUCAUCCUCACCUACGUCGUGCGCAACUCGCUCGACCCGCACGAGCUCGCACGCGCCGAGGCGUGGGAGCGCACUCUCGCGGCGUACCUGCGCGCGCUCGCCGCGCCGCGAGGCCCCGCAGCGCAGCGCGGCGUGCGCGUCAGCUGGAGCGUCGGGACGAGCCUCGAGAGCGAGCUCAACGCGGCGACCAACACGGACGUGCCCAUCGUCGCCGGCUCGUACGUCGUCAUGUUCGUGUACGUCGCCGUCAGCCUCGGCGGGAGCGGCACUGGGCUCGUGCGCGCCAUGGUGCGCGCCGCCGCGCUCGCGCUCGCCGCCCUCGUCAGCGGCGGGAGGUGGCUCGUGCGGCGGGCUCGCGGUCCAGGAGGCGCCAUCAAGCUCGGCGAGGAGCGGGCGCACGUCGGUGGGGCGAGGUCGAGGAGCGCGAGCGCAGAGCCGGAGCUCGUCAACGGGACGAGGGCGCUCGGAGCGUACGUGCGCAAGCAGGUCCUCGUCGACUCGAGGUUCCUUCUCGGCCUGUGGGGCAUCCUGAUCGUCCUCCUGAGCGUGUCGACCAGCGUCGCCCUGUGCUCGGCCGCCGGCGUCAAGGUCACGCUCAUCAUCGCCGAGGUCAUCCCGUUCCUCGUCCUCGCCAUCGGCGUCGACAACGUCUUCCUCCUCUCGCACGAACUCGACCAGCAGAACGCGCGCUCGUACCGCCAGGGCUCGCUCCUCCUCCCGGGCGACGACGACGACGACUCGGACCAGUACCUCGACGUCGAGGAGAGGGUCGCACGCACGCUCGCCCGCGUCGGCCCGAGCAUCCUCCUGAGCGCGAGCUGCGAGACGGUCGCGUUCGCGCUCGGCGCCCUCGUGGGCAUGCCCGCCGUCACCAACUUUGCGAUCUAUGCGGCGGGCGCCGUCGUCGUCAACACGGUCCUCCAGGUCACGGUCUUUGUCAGCCUCAUGACGCUCGACCUGCAUCGUGUCGAACUUCCUCCUACUCCUGCGCUCGCCAUCACACCCGGGCCUCGCGAGAGCCUCCUCGCCCGCUUCGUCCGCAACGUUUACGCGCCCAACCUCGUCCGCAAGCCGGUCAAGUUCCUCGUCCUCACGCUCUUCUCGGGCCUGUUCGUCCUGAGCUGGAUCGGCGCUCGGCAUGUCGACCUUGGCCUCGAUCAACGCCUCGCGCUCCCUUCCUCGUCCUACCUCGUCGACUACUUCAACAGCAUCGACGCCUACCUCGACGUCGGCCCUCCCGUCUAUUUCGUCGCCGAGAACGUCAACGCGUCCGCCCUGUCGAACGUGCGGCACCUGUGCUCGCGGUUUUCGACCUGCGACGAGUUCUCGCUCGCCAACGUCCUCGAGGCCGAGCGCAAACGUCCCGAGAGCUCGUACCUCGCUGAACCACCUGCCGUCUGGCUCGACGACUUUAUCUCGUGGACCAACCCGAUCCUCGAGGACUGCUGUCGGGUCAAGCGCCGCAACGAGACCGAGUUCUGCGGCCCGAACGACCCAGACGGCGCGUGCAAGCCGUGUUUCGAGGACCGCGAGCCCCCCUGGAGCACGACCCUCGAGGGCUUCCCGCAGGACGGCGAGUUCAUGCGGUACCUCGAGCAGUGGCUCGUGUCGCCGACCGACGAGUCCUGCCCGCUCGGCGGCAAGGCGGCCUACUCGUCUGCGCUCGCCCUGCACGAGGACGCCGACGGCAACAAGGACAACGUCGCCCUGUCGCACUUCCGCACGUACCACACGCCGCUCAAGACGCAAAGCGACUUUAUCGAGGCGCUCGCCGCCGCGAGGAGGAUCGCGAGCGACCUGUCUCGGCGCACCGGCGCACACGUUUUCCCGUACUCGCUCUUCUACGUCUUCUUCGCGUCGUACGACGAGAUCUGGGCCACGGCUCGCGCGGUCCUCACGUUCGCCCUCGUCGCCGUCUUCCUGAUCACGUCGCUCCUCCUCGGGUCGUUCCGCACGGGCGCCGUCGUCGCCAUUACCGUCUUCCUGUCGCUCGUGACGGUCCUCGGGACGAUGGGCGCGUGGAGCGUCUCGCUCAACCCGCUGUCGCUCGUCAACCUCGUCAUCGCCGUCGGCAUCUCGGUCGAGUUCUGCGCCCACCUCGCGAGGGCGUUCGUCGGUGCAGGAGGCGGCGUCGCGAGGGAUCGGGACGAGCGCGCAGUCGCGGCACUCGACGACGUCGGCGCGAGCGUCGUGAGCGGCAUCGGCGCGACCAAGCUCAUCGGCAUCGCUGUUCUCGGCCUCACCAAGUCGGCUUUGCUCCGGACGUACUACUUCAAGAUGUGGCUCGCCCUCAUCGUGUCGAGCGCGCUACACGGUCUCGUCCUCCUGCCCGUCCUGCUCAGCCUCUUUGGCGGUCGCGUCGGCUACGCCCUCACGACGCAGGACUCGGACGGCGGGUGGAUCGAGACGAGCGUCGCGCGGCGGUACGAGCGCGAGAGCAGGCCGUUCAUCGACGACGACGGGAGCAGUGUCGGCAGCGACGAGUACUGA